AUGUCUACUGCUACUGCAACUAUGAGAAAGUCAGCAAACGAACCUACAAAGACCAAAUCAUCCAGCAAGAGGCCCAGAGCGCCCAUUGCUUGCUUCCGAUGCCAUCAUAAAAAAGUGCGUUGCGAUGGGGCGCAUCCCAACUGCACACGAUGUCUGUCCACAGGCGUCUUGUGUGCUUACCCAAGUUCAAGAAGAUCCCGCACAACACAGCCUACCAAUGUAGACCCUUUUAUCGACAAUCUGUCUCAUCUGGAAGCUCGUAUACGUCGCAUUGAAUCUGACCUUGCCAAUCAACGCUCCAUAGUGUACUCCAUCGUUAGCUCGCCCAUGGCGGACAACAGUGAGUUGGAGUCGAAAAUGAUCAAAACUGAGCUCGAGGUGCAAGAUUCAAGAUCGAUUUUAGCUCAAUUGCGUUUGAGAGGAGAGCAGCGAAUUUCAAGAAGCAAGAGAGCUGCUGAUGCUGCUGCUGCUGCUGCUGCUGCUACUGCCAACUCAAAUGCCAAUGUUAGUACUACAUCCACAACCGCAGUAUUAACUUCAUCUCUGUCUCUGCCUCUAACAAAAGAAGAAAAGACCAAUAAGCAGUUGAAUACAAAAUCGCUAGCAUCUACUAAACGAACAACCCCCAAGAGCAGUAAAUCAGCAAAACCAACACAAAGCUAUCGGUCCCAUGCUUCUCAUAGCAACACCUUUGGCAAGUCAAAUGACCUCCCGACUGGAGUACCGUCCUCAUUCUACUUUCAAGACCUGAUGCUGGAUAAUACUACGGAUUUGAAUUGCUAUGAUGGAUUACCAGCAGGUCAUGGCGUGGAUUGGACGCUGUUUGAUCAGCAAGACCAUACGCCCAAUGCUGAGCUACAUCAACCAACAGCUACAAGUAUGGCAAUGAUGGCGUCUUCUUCAUCUUCAAACUUGUUUGCUCCAAAAGCAACUGCCAUCUCUGAGCACAAUCAGCUCAUGGUGUUUCAUCACCACCAACAACAGCAGCAACAAGAUCAUAUGAAGAUGGAGAAAUCGCCCCUCUCCUCUACUCGCUCUUCUUCCUUGGCUAGUCAUUUAGGUGGAUAUCCUUUUGUUCUACAGCCAUCCAAUUCCACCAAUUCAGUCAACUCCAAUGCCACUGCUCUCUCCUCCACCACGUCGUGCACAUCCUUAAGUUCUGCUUGUGAUAACAUUUUCAAUUUCAAUAUGGAUGACAUGAUGCUUCAACAUCAUCACACGGGACAACAAGAUGCUCAAACGCUUGCCAAUAGUCACCAUGGUCAAAUGUGGUAUUAA